AUGAAGGCGUAUAUAGAUUUGAAUACAAGAAAACNUUUGGAUGAAGGCUAUAUAGAUUUGAAUACGAGAAAACGUAUGGAGUCCAAGUCGACUUUCGAAAUUGAAUUUUUUAAACUUAUGAUCAACAGUAUAUACGGUAAAUGUCUGGAAAACCCAGAAAAAAGAAUAGACGUGAAAAUAGUAACCAAGUGGGAAAAUAUUGGUAAAAGAUACGGGGCAAGUGUAUUAAUAUCUAAACCAAAUUUUGAUAGUGUCGCAAUAUUUGAUAGCAAUAUGGCAGCCAUUCAUUUAAAAAAAUUUGAAAUUGUAUAUGAUAGACCGAUUUACGUUGGUUUUUCAGUAUUGGAAAUUUCCAAAACUAUCAUAUACGAUUUCCACUAUAAUUUUAUGAAAAAAAUGUAUGGAAAUAAGUGUAAGUUGUUGUACACGGAUACUGACUCUCUAUUUUACGAAAUACAAACAGUAGAUGUGUACGAUGAUGUCAAAAAAAAUAUAGAAAAAUUCGAUACGUCAAACUAUGACCCCAACAACGUGUAUGGUAUACCGCUUGUUAACAAAAAAGUUAUAGGACUCAUGAAAGAUGAAAUGGGAGGUAAAAUUUUAAACAAAUAUAUUGGGAUAUGCAGUAAAAUAUACAUGAUGCACCGUGGUAAAGAUGUGGGGAAAAAAAAUAAGGGAUUAAAAAAAAGUGUAUUAAAUGAGACAAUAAGUGAAAAUGACUAUUUAAAUUGUAUAAGUUUUCACGAUCUUAAAAUUUUACGUAGCAUGUAUGUUUUUCGUUCAUACAAGCAUAAAUUAUUCACCGAAAAAAUAAAUAAAAUUGCAUUAGAAUUUAAGGAUGACAAGCGGUAUCAAAUACCAAACAGUCACGAUACGCUACCCUGGGGUCAUAAAGAUAUUCCUCCUCCUCUCCCUCCCUUGGAUUAA